ACUGUAAGUUAACUGUAGGCGUUUAUGGAGAACGAAACUAUGUCAAUUGUUUAUAAACAUAAAUGUUUUGAAUUUAAAUAAUUUAUAGUGAUUAUUCUAUUCCCUUUUUUCCUACUAUUUUCUAAGAAACAAGUAUGGCUGAUAGUCUUGCCAAUAAGCUAAUAUCUCCGGAAUUUAACCCUUUAGAAUACGUGAAAAGAAAGGUCUUAGAUUGCAACGGUGUGAAAGAACUACUUGUGGAAAAGGAUUGCAUUAAAUCUCUAGCUGAUGAAACUAAUAGCUUAUUAAAGAAAAAUGUCUAUAAAAAUUACACGCAGUUCAUUGAAACUGCUAAAGAAAUUUCUUAUCUUGAAGGAGAGAUGUAUCAGCUAAGUCAUUUGUUAGCUGAACAACAAUCAGUUUUGACAUCUUUAUUGGAUGUCUCAAUAGCUGCACCUAAAGAUGCGGAGUCAACAACUGUUGGAGAAAGUGAAACUGAUGAAGAAAAUAACAAGAAUUUGUCACUGUUAUUGGAGAAAGUUGAAGGCUGUGCUACUGUUUUAGAGGUGCGAGGAAGAACAGUUCUUCAUAAUGGUGAACUUGUGGAGUUAUCUGUUUCUGACUAUAAACCACUGCAUACUGUUUAUUGUGUUUUGCUAGAUGAAGGCCUUAUGUUUGCUACGAAAGUGGAAGAUAGCCGAGGACCAAUGCAAUAUCGGUAUCAAGCACUUUAUGAACUAGAUGGACUUGCUGUUGUAAAUGUUAAAGAGGAACUGAGCAUAAAAAAUGCUUUCAAAGUUCUGAUGUUUCCCGAAGUUCGAGUAUUACAAUGCCAUUCAGCAGCUUCAAAAAAAGAAUGGAUCACUCGCAUUGAUCAAGCCAAAAAGAAAAAACUAUCCCUGUUUGAACAUCAUGGAAGUCCUACUGAAGCGCCAAAUCCUUUUGAAGAUGAUGGGAGUAAUCCAUUCGAAGAUGAAUAUUCAUCUCGGCAAAAAAGUGCUCAACUAGAAACGCCAGCUUGGUUACUUGAGCUUCCUGAAGAAUUAGAUGUUUGCAUUGCAUUGAGGCUUUUUGAUAAGGCAGUCGAACUUAUCCAUCGAGCUAAUGCCCAUUGUUCUGCGUUUCCUCGCAAUACUGCUGUGCGAGAUAUCAGGAUUAGGAUUGAAAACCGUACUAAACAGUUGGUUAAUAUUCUUAGUGAAGAACUCAAAGUUUCCCCUGAUAAGUCAUUACACGGCGGUCCAAGAGCAGCAAGAAAAGCAGUCGGUGUACUUGUUCGUUUAGGAAAGUCUUCAAGAGCCUGCAAUUUAUUCUUAAAGCGGUGUUCAGCUAUGUUGAAACAAAAUAUGAAACAACAAAGAGCUGAAGGUGCUACAGCUAGCUACAUUGAAAAAUUGUGCUCUGUAUUCUUCACUUGCUUAGCAGAAACUGGUAAAGAAUUUGAUAAAGCAUUUACUAACAAUGCCUGUGCCUCUUCAUUUGUUCUAUGGGCUAAACUUCAACUAGACCAAUUUGUCCAGAUUUUUUCUAAGCAUGUGUUUACUCCUCAAGUCAGCUCUUCCAUUGCUACAGAAUGUAUUGCCUGUGCCCGUAGUCAGUGUGAUACUUUAUCAAAUGUUGGGCUUGAUUUAUCUUUUGUUUUAAAUGAUCUGCUUGCAGGUCAGGUAGAAAGACUUGUCACAGAGAUGCGGGAUAAGUUGCUGGAAGCUGUGAAACUAAGAGCUAAUGAUGACAAAUGGCGACCCCAAAAUUUACAAACUCCUGCUAACACUAAGAAACUUAUGGAUGAUUUACGGGAAAUGGGUAUAUCUAAUGUUGAGGUUUAUCACUACGAUGAAUGUUGGCUUGCGCUGACAGCUAACAACACUGCAUUUGCUAAAAUGUAUUUGAACUUCCUUGAUGAUUUGUUAAAGUUAUACACACCAUCAGUGCAUGUUCUCUUCAAUGAAGCUCUCUCUAUUACUUUUCAUACACAUUUAUACCACAUAAAAAAUGCUUAUCAGAAGGCUUUAGAUUCUUCGGAAAGGCAGUUCAUAAUAAAAAAUGCCAGUUUCCUUUUAGACAUUUUAAAAAUUGUUGUCGAAAGAUAUAUGAGUAAGCUCAAUCGCCCAUGCUUAGUCACUAAAGAUUUGCAGGAAGAGUUAAAUAAGCUUGUUUCUAACUCAAGUAGAAGUUCUUCUUUCACAAAAUAUUCAUCUACAGCUUACAUUUAAAACUUCAGUAAAAUUAUUAAAAUUGCUUAUUCGUGUAGUUUAUUUUUAUAUCCUUAAAUAUAUUCAUUUUGUGUACACUAGUCUUUCCUUAAUGUAUUCUUUUUGUUAUGUCUAAAUUAGAAAAAAUAAUUUUUAUUUUAAAUGGAAUGUAGUACUGUUGCAAUAAAUAAUGCUCAAUUGUC